AUGUCUCAAUCUUAUGCCACAUUUGUCUCGCUACUUCUUGUCACGCUCUUCAAGGCUUCUCUGCUUGGCUGUGCGGGCAUUUGCUCUACCCAGUAUCUCUGGCGAGUAUUGCGAGGCCCACCAAUCACGGUAUCCACGGUAGAGAGCCUCUUUCAGAUACGGCACAAUCCGCUCGAGCAAUUCUGUUUCCGAACAAUCAUAUCGGUGUCGUUCUUGCUUGCGGCGUACGCCUGGACAGUGCCUUUGGCAGCUAUGUAUCCGCCAGGUGCUCUCACGAUUAAUGCCACCCCUUUCUUACUUACAGAGAGUGUGAGCAUGUCAGUGCCCGACCUGCGAUUCAAUUUGGAUUUCGACCCCCUCCAACCAGCCAAUGUUUCCCGCCUGUCAUAUUUUGCUCGCAUCGAGCACACGAGAGUGCGCGAGAGUAACAGCCUAACGAAUGCAGAAACAGUUAACUUGUCAACAAGCCUACACCCUAUAAAUCCUCAAGAGUUCCUUCUCCGGUUCUCGCGAUCUGUAAUAGCAGCCGGCGAAAUAAUCCUGAAUCCCCGAGCAACGAUGGGAGAGAACUCUACUUACACACUGGAAUUCAUGGGUCCGCAGAUAUCUUGCCGGGAUAUGGAGCAGUUUAAUCGCACGCACCCUGAAGAAGGAGUUUUUACAGACCUCAUGUUAGGCGAAAUCGACCCUAGUCUUAGCCUAUCUGAUAAAGCUGUCCGGAUGAGUGCCAUGGAACAUGCGUACUACAACAGAACCUAUGCAUGGCAGAUCAUUCAAAAAAAUAUGCUCGGUGGUAUAUCGUGCGGAGAAUCCAAUCCAAUGUCUCGGGACGACGAUGGUACAGCUUAUGUUGCGCCAGCUAAAGAUCCACCAUCCUCUGCAACGUUCCUACUCGAGACUUCGAAAAUAAAUUGCACAGAAAAAUACGUGAGUUAUGUCGCAAACAUUACCUACAGAAAUGGGAUUCGAUCAAUACAGUAUACAAUACGCGACAUAGAACCCCAACCAGCCAAGGAUCUACUCAUUGAGAUGGUGUGGGAGGCAGCUAGCAAUAUUCUUGUUCCGGACGACAUACAGCCAAGGAAUGCGGGAAUAGAUGAAGCUUUUGCCGCUUCCGCAUAUUCUCAGCGUUCUCGAGAAUAUUUGGAGGAGAGAUUUCGAUAUUGGAACGCGUUCACAAUCUACGCCGCUUUUCUAAAUACUAUCGAGUCCGCAACGACGCGGGCUUGUUUUUUCUUUUUGAAAGAUCCAAAAUGUAACGAAGUCGAGACGAGGGGUAAUUUCUCUGAACUGGUGGUACAUCCAAUCGACUGCCUCAAACAUUACACAACUCCUUCUGUACUCGAAAAUUCGAGAUUAAAUCCCCAUCGGUAUUCAGAAUCGCCAAAAGAAGAACCUGGAAAUUCGGGUCUGAACGUCACGGAAGCCGCUCUCAAUGAACUAUUGACGAACAUCACGAUAUCGCUCAUGACGCUCGAUCUCUGGACUGAUAACAUCAAUGUAACCUCGACUACAUAUCGAAACACGUACGCUUUCUCGCGCAGGAUAAAUCUUGUUCUUCCGUACGCGCUCUGUCUCGCUUUCGGGCUACUCAUUGUCGGAUUGGGCUUAGUCUCUCUCUGGCAAAAUGGAGUGCCGUCGAGUGAUGGCUUCACGCAAGUUAUGAUGGCAACAAGAGGACGGACAGAAAUAGAUAGACUAGUGCUUGAGCAAGGCUUGGUCGAUAUUAAUGCGGCAUCAAAAGAACUGAAGGGCCUGAAGGUGCGAUACGGAGAACUGGUAAUGGAGGACGCGGUGAAAGGAGAGAAAGUCUGGGGUUUUGGGACAGCGGAGGAGACGGUAUCUUUAAGGAAGAGGAAGUGA